UUUUUUCCACUGGAAUAUUCGAUUUGACAUACAAGGCAGACAUACCUGUGCAAGAAAUAGAUUUUUGAGGAACUUCACUACAAAUGUCAUAAUUUGUUUAUUCUGUAAAAAAUUGUUAUUAUUGGUAAUUUCUAUAAUAUGGACGAAUUUUCAACCCAAAUUAUUUGCAAACAGGAAUCUUUUCCAAAUGAAGAAAUCAAUGAGGCAUGGGAGGAUUCCGAACAAUCAAAUGGCACAGAACAAAAAUGUGGAGAAAUUAUUUUACUAUCAAAUAGAAAGUUUUGGUUUCUGUGCACAUUUUGCAAUGAACGUUUUCAUAGCGUUGUAAUAUUCCAAAACCACAUUAAAGGCAUACAUAUCAGAGACUUGGGCUCACCACAUUCAAAUGUAAAGUUCGAAUCUGUCGAAUUGAAUGAAUAUGAAGGAUACCAUGACCAAGUUAAUGAUAAUUCAUGGAAGCACAAUGAAAAUGAAAAACAAGACUCAAGUGAUGGUGAAAAAGUAAAGAACCUGGAUAAUAAAAUUGAGGAAAUAUUUCUAAACAACCAAUCUGACGGUAUUGAUGAAAUGGUUCAAACAAAUUCUGAUUGUAAGAAUGUUGACAAUGUAACCAAAAAUGAGGAUGAACAACCAUCAAGAGUUUCUAAGGACAUUAAAGAUCCACUACCCACCACAAAGAAGGUUCCGAAAAAACGGAAUCGCAAAAAGAAGGUACAUACGUGUCCCUUUUGUGAGCACAUAGCCUGUGAUAAUAGAUCAUUACAAAGGCAUAUGCAUUCAUCUCAUAACACCGGAACUCGACAUCAAUGCGAAGAGUGUGGCAAGUGUUUCAGAAGCGGGUCUAAUUUAAAAUCUCAUUUAGUUAUACAUGCCGGAACACGUCCAUUUAAAUGUGAUAUUUGCAAUGUUGGUUUUAGCCAUUACAACAGUCUUAAGACACAUCGUUUUAUACACACAGGCGAGCGUCCUCACAAAUGUCUGGAGUGUGAUAGAGGAUUCGUUUCGAGUAGCGGACUUAAAGCACAUUUGCGAGAACAUAGAGGCGAAAUACAAUUCGUUUGCGAAAUUUGUGAGAGAGGAUUCUAUACUAAAACUUUGUACAAAAGACAUAUGAUAAGUCAUUCAGGACGGCGAGCUCACAAGUGUACAGAAUGUGAUAAGGCUUUUCUUCAUAGAGAAACUCUUACAAAACAUAUGGCGUGCCAUUCGAGUGAAAAACAAUUUGCUUGCAAUAUUUGUUCAAAAAAAUUUAGUCACAAAAAGAACUUGGUUCAGCAUGAAAAACUGCAUCAAAAUACUAAACAGUAUAUUUGCAAGGUGUGUAAUAAAGAUUUUGCACAGUAUGCAGGCUUAUAUUGUCAUAUGAAGUAUCAUAAAGAUAAAAAGAUUUCUGCGCUUGAUGACCGUCCGGUUUUGCAGCAUUUUACCGAGUAUGCUACACAAUUACAUACUUCUGCGAAUGAAAAACGACGGCGGAAUAAUUCUGUACCAGUACCAUUAGCAGAUAAAAGUGAGAGUGCAAAUUUCAAGCAAAUUGCCGUAAAAGAAAUACGGUCUAUCCAUUCGCAGCCAAAAGAUCCCUCUAUUGCUUUAUGCGAAUACAUAUCCUCGGAGUUACAAAAUUUACCUGCGCAACAAUGUGCUGUUGCGAGAUCGAAAAUAAGACGAGCAUUUAAUGACAUCAUGGAUGAAGUUACUUUAAUGCAUCUAACAACAAAAUUAAUAAAAACUUAUUGGAAAAAAAAGUGUUUUUUCACCCAUAAAUUUUUAGAUAUAUAUAAAAAAGAAGAUUUCGUAUUUAUAAUUUCAAAUAUACAAAUUAUAAAUAAACUAUUAUUGAAAAAUAUGAGUUUCUUCAAAGAAAUGGUUAUUAAAAAAGAACCCUUUACGUUCGAGCACAGCUCUGGGGAAGAAAAUCGUCAUAGCGACGACAACGACGACGACGAUGAUGAUGACCCAGGUUCCAGGUGUGGAGAAAUAUUUGUCGGUCAUAAUACUCAAACUUGGACAUUUGUUUGUACAUUUUGCGAUAAAAGCAUGCGAAAAAUAGACGAUUUCAUUAAUCACAUAAAACAUGCUCAUGUAAAUCUUCCACCCCCACUUCCUGUCGGAUUAGUUGAGUCUACCCAUAAUAUUAAUGAUGAUAAUGAUGAUGAUGAUGAUGAUAAUCUGAAUGAAGAAAGUAGUGAAACAGAAACCCAGGACGAUACCAGGAAAAAAAAUUCUCCUCAAUUUAAUCCAUUGGAUAGGGCAAUGAAUGAGUAUGUAGAUUACAAUGAUUUUUUGGAUGUUAAUGUGCAAACUGUUCCAGAAGUUAUUUUAUCAGAAACCAAUGGAAGAAUGGAAGUUUCAAAGCAAAAGGUUGAUGUAAAGCGUUCGGCCGUACCACAAAUUCGUAUAAAAACCGAACCAGGGACAGAAAAAGCCGACCAACAACAGCAUAAAGAUAACAGACCAGUACCAAUGCAGCUAACAUCUUCAAGAGGCACAAGAGAAGCCCCCCAAUUACCAACACACCAAGGACCUAUUAUUCCACCUCAAGCAAAACCGCGAAGGCAGCGCAAAGAGCGAAAGAAUCGUUUGCGUCGAAAACAAAUAAAAGGGCCUGCAUUUUGUCAAAUAUGUAAACGCACUUUUCAAUAUCAUUCACUAUAUCGUAAUCAUAUGGUGAAGCAUACAUCAGAAACGCCCUUCCAAUGCACGAUAUGCAAGAAAGGCUUUAAAUCGAAACAAGCCAUUCGCUACCACAUGAGUACGCACCAACGUCAAAAGCCCUUUCAGUGUGAACUAUGCCAAUCGGGCUUCUACCAUGAAUGGCAAUUUGUUGCACACAUGGAGACGCACCGCAGUGAGAACCGUCAUCCGUGUGAAGUCUGUGGCAAAGUUAAUCGCACAAAAUUCGAUAAAGAUCUUCACAUGCGAACACAUACCGGUGAUCGGCCGUUUGCAUGCGAAUUUUGUAUGAAACGCUUUCGAUUACGACAUCAUUUGAGCAAUCAUCUUAAGUUGCAUUUAACAUACCGUUGCGAUUACUGCCGCAAGCAAUUCAGCAAUGGUGUGCCAAUGAAAAAACCCUACUCUUGUUCAGAUUGCAUUGGAACCGCUGAUACUAUGCCGAUACUAAAUAACGAAGAAAGAGAAGAAGAAGAUGAUGUUGAAGGAGAAGCAGAAGAAACUGAUGACGGUGAAGAUACUAAAGAUGGUGUACUUCGUUCAAUACGACCGGCCCAAAAUCAUGGAGCAAUGAAUAAUCCUAGCACCUGCAAAGUCUGCAACAAAACUUUUGUUAACAAAAGAGGUUUGGGGGUGCAUAUUAGCACUAAACAUCAGAAUAUAUUAUAUUAGGAAUAUUUUCACUACUUACAUACAUUAUCACAUAAAUAAAUCAUAUUAUUUUUUAUAGAAACCUAGAUUAGUAGUUUUUAAGUGGAAUCUUUUUUUUUGAAAGCAUCUUAGUUUAACAGAGAAAUAAACUACAACAACAAAACCUAUAUAGACAGAUGUACUUAGAAAAUGCAUUCCAACAGCUGAGACUUUAUAAUAAUUAUUAUUAAUAUUAUUAUUUUUUUAAUUUAGUAACAUUUUAUUGAAAUUCAUUUUAUUUUAUACAAAAUAUUUUUUUAGGAAAACAAAGUAAUGACUUCAUUAUUGUGCAAUUUAAAAACCAACUUGUCUGGUACACCUCUCUUAAAUUAUAUUCUUAUUUAUACACUUUCUUUUUGCUUUUAUUAGAAAAAAAAAAUAAAUAAUAAAUUCAAGAUAACUAUAAAAUUAAGUAUUUCAUACGAUUCCGAGAAAUGUAAAAUAAUUAUAAUUUAAAACAAAUAAACUCAAAUAAAUUUAAAAAGUUUAAUGAAAAAUAAA